AUGGACCUCGUUGAAGUGAUCGUUGAAUUGGAGUUUCUCGAUUUCUGUCUCGAAUCACCGUUCCAGUUUUCGUCUGUGCGAUUUUGGCACAUUCUCAUCAAAGAUUCGUCGAAGGUGCAGUUACAGCAACGGAUUUUCGGAAAAGAUGUGACUCCAAUGAUCUUUGAAGUUCCGCCGUCCUCAAAGUCAUGUCCAAAGGCUAUUAUCCUUGUGGCAAGUGCAGGAUAUGGGUUAGAUCUCAUGGUAGCAAUUGAUAUUCUGAGAACAAUAAGAUCUGCAAAUGGAUUUGUAGUCACUAUUAUUAUGAAGCCUUUCAGCUUUGAAGGACAGAGGCGCCAAGUUGAGGCCAAAGAUCUAACGGAAAAACUUCAGUCUCAUACAGAUUUGUUUAUUGGUCUUGACGCUGACAUGUUACUCAAAAAGGACUUGGUAACUUUAGAUGAAGCUGUCAAGACUGCAAAUAGUGCUGUUUUAAUGUCAAUAACUGCUGUAUCUGUUCUAACAACUGAUAUACACAGAAAACUUAUUGAUGCAUCCCAUUAUGAUGCGAAAGAGAUCGAAGCCUCAGAAGUGAUUAAAAUUUUGGAAGUAUACAAAGAAGCAAAUAUUGGAUUCGGUGCUGUACAUAUCAAAACUUCAAUACUACGAUCUAUGUAUGACUGCCCCUUCCUUAGUAUGGGUGUAAAGGACUUGGAUGGUAUGAUUAUAUGCAUCAUUGCAAGUUCGAGCACUAUCGAGAACAGUGAUAUACAUGCAAUUUUGCAUACGUUUCGUCAAACUACAGAAUAUGAAGGGAAAAUCUUAGUUUCUACAGUUCAUGAACCUAAUCUAGAACCCAACUUGGUAGUCACAACGGUUCUUAUUGUAGGUUUUGCCAGAAAACAAGCUUCUCAGAAAAGCGGCAUAAUUUCGGGACUGGCCGAGCAUUUUCCUUUCAUUUUUAAUCUCUUCAAUAGGCACCAGUGGCUACUAAAUGACACUCGGGAAAACCUACCUCUUGAUAGUGCAGAUUCACCAGAUUCUAGUGAGAUGGGAAAUAGAAAGGCUGUUGUUAUAGCCGAAGGUUUUGAUAAGUACUCUGAAGGACCCGAGGAAGUAACAAACACCAACUACGAUGAGUUCCACCUUUCAAGUGGGUUGGAACAAAAUGAAGAUGGAAAUUAUGAGGCCACUGCUGAAUCGUCUAGUUUAUACGAUCCGAUCACUGAAGCCUUCCAAAGACAGCCACUUGUUAGUUGGAACUUAGGACCAGGAUCUCAGCUUGCAGAGGAUUGGGCAAAAGAGAGGGCAGCUGAAGAUGGAGCUACUGUGAUGCUAGAUAACCUGACCAUCUUCCGCCUUCCAGUUGGUGUAAAGCCUCCAGAAGAGCUGAAAGAUGGUGUCAAUGCCUCAUUUCCAACACAAGAUCCAAAGACAAAAUCCGAUGAUGGUGUGAAAGCACAACCAGCUUACAAUUUAAGUAUGUCUUCAAGGAAUUCAUUUACUGACACAGGGCUCGGAGCAGUCAGGGAAUUUUACAACACAGCAUCAACACUUGUAAAGGGAAAAGAUGCUGAUAAUCCUAAAAAACAAAGAAAUCUCUCUGCUCGUGCAGCAUCUAUGUUGGAAGCAGAACGAGAUUCACCAAAAAAGUGGAGUCCUAUGGUGGAGAUGCCAUACAGAGGAGGAAUCUACGAAGGACGGUGCCAAGGAGGUCUUCCUGAAGGAAAGGGUCGUCUGCUUCUUGGGGAUGGAAGCAUAUACGAUGGCAUGUGGCGAUAUGGAAAAAGAUCAGGUCUUGGUACAUUCUACUUCAGCAACGGGGAUGUGUUCCAGGGAUCAUGGAGGGACGAUGCCAUGCAUGGCAAGGGUUGGUUGUAUUUUCACACCGGAGACCGAUGGUUUGCAAACUUCUGGAAAGGGAAAGCCAAUGGCGAAGGUCGCUUCUAUUCAAAGUCCGGUGAUGUCUUUUUUGGCCAGUUCCAAGAUGGUUGGCGACAUGGCCACUUCAUCUGCAUUGAUGUUGACGGGACAAGGUGUACUGAAAAUUGGGAUCGAGGUGUUCUUGUAAGCCGUAAAUUGGAAUCUGAUAAUGGUGAUGGAUAAAGAAUCUACUUGUAAUUAUUUUGUAAAUUAGUUUUUGGUUUUUUUAUUUACAUUUCAUUUCAAAUUUUUGUAUAAUUGUUUACUAUACAGUUAACAGUUUUCAAAGGAUAUAAACUAAGGAGGCAAUGCGACUCCAAAAGAGUAUACUGCCGAUUUGCCCCCUGAA